AUGUUUUUUGAUGAUGUAAUAUAUACCAGUGUUAUUGGAUUUAAAAAACUUUGUGGAUUUUUGAAUACGGACAGUAGUACAGAUAUUAUUAUUUUACGAGUAAAAACGACAUUGUUUGUUUUUUGA